GGAAGUGCAGAAGUGCGGAAGUGCACAGUAGUACUGCGGCUUGUGUCUGCUGUCCGUAACGCUCAACUUUACGUUCAGCAGUCUUUACUACCGUGUCCAACAUGUCCAAAAAACCAAUCUCCGACCGCUUUAGGAAAGUAGACGUUGAUGAAUACGACGAGAACAAGUUCGUGGACGAGGAGGACGGAGGAGAGAGCCAGGCCGGGCCCGACGAGGCGGAAGUAGACGGUCUGCUCAGACAGGGGAACAUAAAUGGAGCUCUCAACGCCGUGCUAAAGAAUCCUCCAAUCAACACCAAGAACCAGAACGCCAAGGAGAGGGCGGAGCUGCUGGUGCUCAGAGUGCUGAGCAGUUUUAAGAGCAGUGACAUAGAGAAGGCAGUGGGCUCUCUGGAUAAAGCUGGAGUGGACCUGCUGAUGAAAUACAUCUACAGAGGCUUUGAGAAACCCUCCGACAACAGCAGUGCCGUGCUGCUGCAGUGGCACGAAAAGGUUCUGGCGGUGGGAGGAGUGGGCUCUAUAGUUAGAGUCCUGACUGCCAGGAAGACCGUCUGAUGGUCCAUCUGUCAGCAGACGUUAGUCAAACACAACAGACCAUGGGAGCUGAGCACAGGGACAGGCCUUUCCUCUUUCUGUUCUUGGACAUGAUUCCCAUUUUUAUACUGAAGCCGGGCGUCUUCCUGAUGCAACUCUUUCCUCUUUUUCUUGUUUCUGCAUUCACUACGUUCAGUCAUACCUCUGGGAUUUAGAAGUGCUGGCAGCGAGGCAGGGGAGGCGCUGGCACCUCUAACUGCGUCUGCCAGCUGCGCAGAGAACAGGCACAUUUCAGAUGCUUCACUUGGACACAUUCUGUCCCGAACUGCUUCACAGCUGCUCUGACGCCUCUCCCUCUCUACUCUGCUCCUUUCUUCCUCCCUUCUUCUUCUGCUCUGAGGUUGAGGAAAUGGGAAAGAUUGGUUUUGGAAGGAGCCACAUAGACUGUUUCCCUGCCUUUUGCAUACUGGGAUUGGAGUGCUUUUUCCCUUAAUCAUUCUAACUUUGUUCAUUUUCUAUUUUUUUCUACUCACACCAUUGUUGGAUUGUGUGGAACCUGGCUUUCAGGUUAUAGUGCUUGUUUUUUAUAUCUGAAAUAAAGAGAAAUAAAGCGCCAUGAAUAUCCACUGA